CGAUGACGCCGCGUUUGAUCUUGAGUUGGAGCUGAAAGAGGUUGGGAGCUUUGGCCGAUUCCAGCGCCGAUCAGCUCUAGCGAUGAGCUGUUUAUGGUUUCUAGGUGCCGCAGAGAUCUGCCAACAGCCCCUCACGGUAUUGGAGCCCCGUUACGUUCGGUGUCUCGCAAAUUGUGGACAGGCCGCGCCGAGCGGGCCCAGCCGACCCAGCGGGGACGUUGGGAUCCACAAUAAUAGAGAAAAAAGGAUUCUAGCAGUAGCUGCGGUAGAGGAUGCACAUCAGGAUCUUGAACGAGGACUGGAAGACGGUGGUCGACCUCUCGAUGCAAAAAGUGUAGUUGUUGUAGGCAAUCGUGGACAUAGGAGAAGAGAUGAGGAUAGGGAUGAACUUCAGGCACAAGAAACGCCUGAAGGUGUGUUGAGGAGAGCUUCAGGGGAUAGGGAAUUGGCGAUGAUUGAGAGCGCGGAAAAUGUAAAGAAACCUAUGGAAGAUGCGGACACGAAGAUCAGGCGCUCACGAGAUGCACGAGACGAUGUCCUAGAACCGAAAAUCGAUCAGGCGAACAGGAUUCUCUCGCGAGACGGUCUUGGGAAGGACUUCGCAACAGAAGCUCAAACUGCAGCUAGAUCGUCAGGCUUUCGGUAUAUGGAAAGAGACCUAGGUCGAAGCAUAAUGGAAGACCCCAACCAGGAAUCUGGAACAAGAGUUAGUUCGACGACAACAGGUGCGCCCACAGUAGCUUUAAGUACAACAAGUACAUCUUUACCUCCGUCAUCAUCUCUAUCUACGGGCUCUAGUGGUGGCCCUGGGCCUCAAGCAUCCACUGCAGCUAGCAACUCAGCGUCAUCGCCGAAUGGUGCUGGGGCAACGUCUACGACGGCCACCUCACCACGCCCGGCAAGUGUUCUGACAGGUAUGCAGCACGAUCCGGAACCCUUUUCUUCAGGCAGGACAAGCACAACAUGGUCUCCUUUCGCCGACGCGGCGACAACGAGCUAUUACAUGCAUUUUUCGCAGAUUCCCUGCGGGGGGCGCAGUGUCUGGGUGGGAGACAUCGAUGACUAUAGUCGUAGGAAGCGGAGAAGGAUAACCACUGGUGGAGAAUCUUAUCAAGAAGUAGGUGUUACAAGAAGGUUGCCAGUUCAAGGUGGCGCAAAGGAAAACAGUGGCGUGAUGACAAGCGCGAUAACCUCUGGAGGAAGUAUAGAUGGCACAGAAGACUUCAUGCUUACAAAUCCGAAUAGACGUUUCUUAGUGGCAGAGGAAGUGGGGGGCACUGUAAAAACUGACUCUGUGGCGGAAGGAGCUGCGCCUCUAGCACGAGGUGGCCUUCAGCAAGGAAAAGAGAAUCGCGGUAUUGUACUAGACCAGGAUGACGCACCCGUCGAGGACGGCACAGGUUUUUCUGGUAUCGUCCAGGAAAAUUUGAGUAUCCAAGAAGACUAUACUAAUGACCACAGCACCGCCGAUAAUGACGAUUCUGCUUCUGACUCGUUGAGAGACCUGAAAGGGGAGACGCGCCUGGUGUAUGAUUUUUUCGUCCCCACGAAGUCUCUCGUGACGACCUUCAACCUUGUUUGCGAACGACGUCAUUACGUGCAGACAAUUGCAUUUGCUUACUUUUUUGGAUUUUUGGUGGCACUAGCAGCAAUUCCGCGGAUUGCAGACGCUUUUGGUCGCCGUCCAGCCCUCUACACGACUCUAGUGAUUCAUCAGCUGGCUGCCACUUCAGCUUGCUUUGUAUCCAGCGUGGAUGGCUAGUAUGGCACGCAACAUUUGUGGUGCUAUCUGUCUGUUGUACAACUUUUAGACGAUGAACAAUAAGGGUAGUAAGAUACUAUUGCAUGCAAGCAACCUGCCAAUGCUCUUCUCGGGUUCAGGCGAAAUAUUUUAUUUUCUCGUUCAAUUCUGAGAUUUUGUUCUCUUGUUGUGAAUCAAAAUCAAUCUAAAGCUUUUCGUUAGCACGUUUUUUUCUCGGCCUAGGGAAUGGUGGCUUGGGCAUGGUGGCUUGGCUUCUGUUGACUGAAAUUUUACCAUUGGAAAAUCGAAGAUUGCAGAUUAUCGUGAUGAAUUGCAUGUUUGCGCUGGGUGCGAUAUUCGUCUCGAUGGUUUCGCUGGCUUUCGCGAACGACUGGAAAGCCGUAACGAUCCUCCUAGCGCUUUUGUUUAAGGACUGUAGCAGGAAAUCACUAUCGGCUGUCCCGACUGGAUUCCCCUUGACAGGCCUCUUCCAUGGAUACGACACACCGGACAAAAGGUUCCAUGAUAUGGCGCGACCCUUGGUUUUCAGAUAGGAACGAAGGGGAUCAUCCACGGGAUCAUUCAACCGCAGAUAGUGCUCGACAUCCUUUAAUUUACCGUGGUUUUCAGUACUCCUUCCGAUGUUGCCGCUGCUUGAGAGUGCGCGGUGGUAUCUCGCACGGGGCCGCUUAGAGGAGUGCAAGACGGUGCUGAUUUAUGAAAGGACAAAGUUUUUGUACUCAAACAGUUCUUCAAGAAAAGAGGCAGCUUGCCACGUGGAGCCUGCCGCAUUUCUUGAGUGAAACUACUGAGUAAGUUUUUCCGUGUCAUGCGAUCCAGGUGGCACGCAUCAACGGAAAAGGAGAUUACAAUCCGUACUAUAGGCCGUCAUUGAUAUCGUAUGAACUUCCCUCAGGAGUGGAGGAUGGCGAUACUUUCGAGAUUGGUUCUGCUAGUGACGACGAAGAAAGAGCAGGAACGUCGACGAUUAAGGCAGCUCUAGUAUCUCGUGAAGAAAUCAGCUUUCGCUAACAUCAUGUUUAUCCGGUUAACCUAGGCUAUUCUAGAUUUGAGGUAUGAAGUGAGAAGAUGAUAAGUAAAUGCUCUCAGAAUGAAUCAUAUUGAAAAAGAUGUUGAAAGACGUGUGCUUGAUUACACCGCUGCAUCAUUCACGCCGUGUGGCACGCAAAGGCACACGUCAGUUGUGGUGUCGCUGGAGCACUUAGACGAUAGUCGCUACUGCCCAUUUGCCAUUGUAGCUUCACUCUUUAUGAUUGCCCACAUGUCUACUAAUGAGGAUAAGAAGACCGCAGGUGUUGCGCACCCUCGGCGAAAGCCUGUUGACGAGAACAGGGUAGUUGGUGUGCCGAUUGGAAACAUUUUAGCGAAUGAUGCGGAUGUGGCACAGGGUAUGGCGCGUGGGUCAAGUGAAAAAGACCGUGGACGCCGAGCCGGCCUUCAACGUAAUUCUAAUUGUAUAGACUGUUCAUUUAUUUGUUUCUCAUAUGAAUUUCUAUGUGAUGCCGCUUCUUAGGGCACAAAAUACAGUUGUGAUAGAGGCAAUAAAAUGAUACGUGAUCACUAACACCCGCGGGGAAGUAGUUUCUUACAAUAUAGGACUGACUUUAUCUGAUUGAGUUUUCUUCAUCAAUCGCCUGCUUUUUGAAUUUUCAUGUUGAUCUUACAGUGGAACGACAAGCGAUCAACACACCACCAAGAGCAGAAGAUUAAGGCAACCAAGAGAGCGUCCUCAACGGCAUCCCUCGCUAUUUUUCCAAGUGGGAAAGACGCUUAGGAUGCUACCAAGGGCGCGAAUCCGGUAUCUCUAAAAAGAGCGCUUGCGGCCUACAUCCGCCGACACGAAUACCUCGACCGCAGGACCUCCAGCAAUGCAGCCGCUGGACGAUUCAGGAAAGGCUAAAGCAGAACCCUCCGUGUGGCUGCAUCCAACACUAUGGUCUAGAAGUAGAGGUGGCCUUCUUUACAGUUAGACUUGCACUUACUUUUUCCUUGCGGUCGUAGUAGAAUCAAUCACUGAAGUGAGAGAUAUUUUGCAUCUCUACCUUCACCAAAGCAUUUAUUAGACACGUUGACGAGUCUAUGGUUGGUAAAUUUUUUCGGUAUAGGUUGGUAUAAAGCCCUGCGAGUGUAGAUGCAAAGAGCUGCAAGGAGUAUCAGGUGCUCCCGAACAUUUCUUUUCUAAGUCGGAUGCGCAGCUGGCUUGCGGCACUUUCGUUUGCGUGGUUCGCAGUGCAGUUGGGCUACUGGGGCAUUGCCUUUAGCGUGGAAAAUUUGAGCCUCCCGCGAGAUGAUCGGCUUGCCGUGCACAACAGCAAGCCACAUCCUCAAGUCAUCGCAGUCGUCCAUCAGGACGAAAAGCGGUAUUAUUUCCAAUUGCUAGAACGCUUAUGUGUUUCUUGUGGAUGACGCAGUGAGUAAAUCAAUUUGAGUAUCAAGCUUCUGUGAUACUAAAUCUAAAAGGAAGCAUCACUUCAUCUUCAUGUCUUGCACCCAAAUGUAAGACUAUGACUAAGUACAUUCAGCGUGGGAUCAACUACUAUUAAUCUGCGCAUUCACUUGAAGCUGGAUAUUAUCUUCAUUAUUCAUCAGGUACACGUACAGCGAGACGGAGGUGUAUUGGACGGCAGUGAAAGCGUAUUUAGUAGAGUUUCCGGCGACGCUAGUAGCUGCUUAUCUUCCCGAUUUGCGUUUGGUCGGUCGCAGAGGAGCGUCGAGCGCCUCUUUGAUCCUCGGUGGGAUUGCAAUGCUUACUGCAUGUUUUGCGCAGCUUCUCUUAUGCCUAAAUAGUAUUAGUACUCACUCAAACACAGUAUUCUUGCCUCGCCGAUGAUACUGAAAAAUGAUCACUAGAGACGCCAUGAUAAAUGAUGUCAUCACAGCAAGAAUGCAUUUGGCGAUACCCUUGAUGUUUAUUUGAAGGAGGAAGGAUAUCCAUUUUCCUUCUCUGGUUCAUGACUCACUGAUAUGGAUGGUUUUGCGCUUGGUUGCGCUUUACUGGGACGCUUCUUUGCGACAGUAGCAUUUGCGGUACUGUACUUACGUAUUGCAGCAUUGAAUCCUAUAAUGUAUACCAUACGGCCUCGACUUUUUUCCAAUAGGAAAAAUGUUUGCCAUGCUAAUCACCGUUGAUGUUUCGUCUUCAGGUGGGAAUGACAAGAUCACUACUCAUGUAGAAACCUAAGAGUGUAGCAGCGGUGUUACAACAGAGUGCUUUUCUAAUUUCCACUUUGGGUGCGGAAGCAUUUCCAACCGAGAUCAGGGGAACAGCAUUUGGCUGGCAAUCGCUUUCGGCGCGAGUCGCGGGGCUUUUGAUACCAUAUAUCGUUGCUCUCGACAAGCACUGGUUCUUCGGAGCGACCUUGCUCAUUACGCAAGAUAUUAUAGAUAGAAAUUGACGGCCACAGCCACAGUACUAGUGACGAUUCCCGAGGGUUAGAUGAGCGUGUAGAAGUCGCCAGCGAAAUCUCAACCACUUUGGCGAAUGGCCUAAAAUCAUCACUCAGGACACUCACGCUCAAACCUCAAAUUUUUGUAAGCAAAACAUAUCUCGUGCUGGAAGGUUGAUAGAAGUGCUAGGAACGACGCCUUGAUGGCGAUGAUGUGCCGCUAAGGACCUACUGGCAGGGCCGAUGAUUGGAGCGGGAGUUAAGGUGCGGCAGCAUUGUCCAGAGACGCAGGGUGAAAAGAUGGUGGACACUGUCGCUGAACUGGAUCGGCUUAUGACAACGCGACGCAGUGGAAAGGAUCAGCCGCACAGAAGCCCAGCGUCGUCACCCUAUAGUGGCGUUCUUUCCCGGUAUGCUGAGCACUCAGUUGUUGUUGAGUAGUUUAGAUCAACAUCGUAAUCAUGAAUCAAGAAGAAGAUCACUACAACUACGUCCACCUCUAUAAUGUGGAUAUUAGGCCACGGAAAAAUAAUUUCUGAUUUAUACGACGACAAUUGCUACCGAGAAAAAACCUAAUGUGAUUUAUGUAUCGUGAUUUGUCGUUUUACUAGUUGUGUGAGUCAAUAACCUUCUGUGAAUUAGAGUCUAGCUAGUAGAACACUCGGCACAAGACAUCUUCUUGUGAUCGUAUGGAAGAAGAAAAUGAGUGUGGUCCUUCAUAGAUGCGAUGACGACGCAGGCAUUGUUGACAACGCGAGAGGGCACCAUUUAUCACCGCGGCAAAUGGACAACGGAAGAAGCGGGAACCGGAGCGGAGUCGCUGACUCAAAUGGCGAUCACUCUGCUCAUACCUUGUAG